GCAGUAGGACUGGUGAUCGUGUAUGGAGGAUGCCACUAUGGGAUUGCUAUACUAAACAGAUCACAGAAUCACAGCUUGCUGAUCUGAAUAAUAUAUCUGGUGGUAGAUCUGCUGGGGCUUGUACAGCAGCAGCAUUUUUGAAGGAGUUUGUUAAAAAUGAACACUGGGCCCACCUAGAUAUAGCUGGAGUCAUGAAAAACAAAUCAGAGAUAUCAUAUUUGAAUAAAGGGAUGGCAGGCCGUCCGACCAGAACCAUAAUUGAGUUUUUGAGGAACUUUAAAAUAUGAACACUAACCCGAAAGAGAGGCAGUGUCUAGUGAAAUGGAAGUGGAAAAUUAUCAAUGCGCACAAUAUGCACGUGACUCUACUCUGAAAGAAUUAUGAUAAUAACAUAAACUUGUACUGCAUGCUUACUGGUGCAGUUUUGAAAACUUUUAACGAAGUGAAAAAUUAUAUGCUCAUAAAAGGAAUAAACAUUUUAUGGAAAA